AUGCCUGUGUCACAUUUUGCCAGUCGACUAAGGAAAGAUUUGAGCACUGAAAUGAUUAGAACUAACAUUGCUCACAGAAAGUCAUUAUCUCAAAAGGAGAACAGACACAAGGUAUAUGAACGAAAUAGAUGCUUCGGCUUGAAAGACGUCAACAUUCCCCUGGAAGGUAAAGAUCUUGUUAAUAUACUUGAGACGUCCCAAGACCACGCUCCAGAAAAGGCCAGCACCAAAACAAAGGCAGUGAAAGUGGUUCUGAGUGACCAACGGAAACAACUCCUCCAAAAGUACAAAGAAGAAAAGCAGCUUCAAAAAUUAAAAGAACAGCGAGAGAAAGCUAAACGCGGAGUGUUCAAAGUGGGUCUCUACAGACCUGCCGCACCGGGAUUCCUCACCACAGACCAGCGGAGCGUCAGAGCUGAGCCAGAAAAGGCUUUUCCAUACAGUGGGCGGAUUACAAGAUCAAAGGUCAGAGUCCAUAUGGAACAGACUAAGGUAGACAACAAGACUGUCCCUCAGGCAACCCAGUCUGGCCACAGGCAGCCUCCUGAAAAGAAAAUAAUGGACAAAGAGAAAAAAGCUGUGCAGCCCAUGGUGUCCACAUCAUGGAAAGUGACUGGAUCAGGUGCGACUCAGAGGACAAAGACGAUUGCCCGGACAGUCCCGUCUACUAUAAGAAAGCCAGUCACAAGAGCUGCCAGUGAGACCGGAUCAGAAAGAACUGGACCGAGCAGAGGUAGACCCGCCAAAAAGGAAGACGCCAAGCCAGGCAAGGUAGAGAGCAGCAUUGGCUUAGUCAUUUCUUCUAAAGUUGAGAGUGAAGAUUCACAGACCAGCGUAGCAAAUGAAAUGGAUCCAGGCGGACUCUUCCAAGCAAUGGAAAGCUUGCCUAAGACCGCUCCUGCAAAAGUGAAAGAACGGAAUUCCUUUGCACCUAAGCAUUGUGUAUUUCAGCCACCAUGUGGUCUGAAGACCUACCGAGUGACUCCUAUGAGUCCUAGAAGUGCCAACGCUUUCUUGAUACCCACUUGUGAUUGGAACCUUUUGAAACCAGAAGUCACUACAACUCAAGACACAGCAAAUGAAAUCUCAGUACAGCAAAAGUUGAAUAAAUCACGAUCCGCUUUGGAUUCACUAACAGACUGUAAUGAAGAACGUGGCUUACAUCACAAAACAGCUCCCACUUCAGACUCGAAUCCCCUCUCAGUGAGGGAAGUCACAGCACCUGGAGGAGGCGAAGGCCAGACGGCUCAGCCGCAGCAUGACGUGCUGUAUUUCAGACAGAUUCUCCAAUCAGAGACUGACACGUUAACCUCGCACUGCCUGGAGUGGGAGAGGAAGCUGGGGCUGGACAUUCCUGAUGACGCUAAAGAUCUUAUUCGAACAGCAAUUGGUCAAACAAGACUCCUUAUUAAGGAGAGAUUCAAACAGUUUGAAGGACUGGUGGAUAAUUGUGAAUACAAACGAGGUGAAAAGGAGACGACCUGCACGGAUCUGGAUGGAUUUUGGGAUAUGGUUGGUUUUCAGGUGGAGGAUGUAAAACAAAAGUUCAACAACCUGACCAAACUGGAGGAAUCUGGGUGGAAAGACAGGGACCCAAGCACGAUGCUGCCCCGGAAAAAAAUUGUGCCAGGUAGAACAAGCAAAGCAAAGCAGGAUGAUGAUGGCCGAAAGGCCGCUAGAAACCGUCUCGCUGCCAUAAAAAAUGCAAUGAGAGAGAGGCUGCGGCAGGAAGAGCGCGCCCCAGUGGCAACCGCGGAAACGCCAAAGGAAGUUGACAAGAUAGUGUUUGAUGCUGGGUUUUUCAGAAUCGAGAGUCCUGUUAAGUCAUUUUCAGGGCUUUCUUCUGAACGUCGUUCUCAGAGAUUUGGAACGCUUGCAUCUGCCAGCAGAGAUGUGCCUGAGACCAGGGCUGCAGGGAACCUUCUAAGACAAACGAUGUCACUGCAGAAGCCUGACCCUCAGAGCAGCGACAGUGAACGGGCUGAUGAGACGUUGUUGUCAACUAUUCUUGAAAGCAGGUGCAGCCGGGUAGAGGGCGCUCCACAUUCCAGAGAACAAGAUUCAAGUGAUGUAGACUAUGAUGGAAGUAAGGUAACUGCGGGGGUGGAUCUGCCUCUUCCUGCUGGUGGACUGGCGGGGGAUGUUUACACUGACCAAAAAGAAGCUGUGCCAGGUGUGGAAGGAGUCGGGCUGCACCCUAAAGUCACCUGCCAGGAUGUGGUGAUGAGUGACCUUGACAAAACCAGCCCCUCGCACAGGAACUCCUCAGCAGCAGCUGAUGCGCCCCAGUCAGUUCUAUUCCACAGAAACCUCACUUCUGAAUGCCCCCCUCUUAAUCUACCAGGCCUAAGCUGCACCAGCCCCUUCGUGCAGGAGGAGACCAGGCCAAAAGAUCGCGCCAGACUCUUCUCCUUCGGUGGUGACCUCAUCGUCUUCUCACCGCUAAGACCCCAACGUAAAGAACACCAGGAGGACUUUUAAUUUAAAAGUAAUUCCACACAUUUUAAAAAUACAUGUCGUUAAUUCCCUGAUACACUCUUAAGCUGUUGGAGAUUUUGGAAUAUAUUGUCCCACACAAU